AUGGCUCCUCCUGGCCAGGUGGACCCUUUCCCAUCUAAACCCAGCAUCCUGAAGCAAAAGGGCCAGUCACUGAGUAAGGGCACUUCAGACCUGGUCUUACCUCCCCCUGGUCCUCAUUCUGAAAUCUCAAAAGGCAAACAGCUGACUGAAGAGGGCGUUGGAGAGGUUCUUCUGUGGGUGAUACUGACUUUAGAGGACAAAAACAUAAAGGGCUUCACAUGGGCCAUAGCCCCCGCCUUGACUGCUUUGGGCUACCUGCUCAUACUGCUGGUCACCAUCUUCCCCUUCUGGGUGCGCCUUGUGAAUGAGGAGUCCCGUGAAGUGUUUUACAGUGGCCUGUUUGAGAACUGCUUUCAUGUCAAGUGCUGGAAGCCUCGACCCUUAUCCAUUUACAUCAUCCUCGGCCGAGUUUUCCUGCUGUUUGCAGUCGUCUUGUCUUUCCUCACCACCCUCACCAUGGUGUCUUUCGCAUCUCAGCUCUUUCCAAGGACCUGGAAGCAAACUUUUUUAUCAGCCUCCAUCAGCUUCUUCACAGGGACUUGUGCUUUCCUGGCCUUGCUGCUGCAUGCCCUGGAGAUCCAGAGUCUGAGGAUGCAGCCCCGCCCGCCCCAGUUCUCCGUGCAGUGGCCUUACUAUGUCCUGGGCUUUGGUAUCCUUCUGUUCAUAGUGGCUGGUGUCAUCUGUCUCUUUCAAGAAGCCUGCCAUAGGUGCCAUUUAUUACGCAUUUCCCAGAGUACCAAGGAGACUCAAGAGAGCCCACACCUGGAGAUUCUGGAGAGUUUUGGAGGAGGACUGAGCUCAAUGCAAAAGGAGACCCUGCUGAAGGAAGAGACAGUUAUCUAG